GCAUCUUUCAAAGGGGCCAAGAGAGAAAAAAGAAAAGUCAUAAGUUAUGGUGUAGCGGCCACGCGGUACGAUGUUUCGCCGGUGGUCCACGGAAGAGCAACGAGUCCCAAUGUCCAAUGCUGCAGAAGAUCGAGAAGCCCGUCCUCUCCUCAUCCACGACGACUACGCCACCGAUGGUGUCGACCAAGUCGACGAUUGUGAGAAACCACCUGAACAGUACCUGUAGCGUGACGAAUUCGCCUCAUCAGAAGAAACUGAGGUUCCACUUGGCGAAAGAGAGGAAAGCCAGUACCACGUUGGGAAUUAUAAUGAGCGCCUUCAUCGUCUGCUGGCUACCAUUUUUCGUGCUAGCCCUAGUCAGGCCAUUCCUCAAGGAUCCAGACGCCAUUCCAGCAUUUUUAUCCAGCCUGUUCCUCUGGCUCGGUUAUUGCAACAGCCUAUUGAAUCCUAUCAUCUACGCGACCUUGAACAGAGACUUCAGGAAGCCAUUCCGCGAGAUCCUGUACUUCCGCUGCAGUAACUUGAACCAUAUGAUGAGGGAGGAGUUUUAUCAGAGCCAAUACGGCGAUCCUAUUAACAAUUGCGAGAUCAAGGCCGGCGAGAUGGACGACGCUGAGCGUCUCAACAAUCAGGGUAUCGAGGCGAUCGAUAUCGCCACGAGCGCUCCAAACGAGAGCUUCCUGUGAUCUCGGGGUAAUGUCGAUCGCCAAGCCGAUCGCGAAACCCUCGAAACGAACUUGGACCGACCGUGAUCGAUCAUUCAUCGUCAAAAGACCCCUGUCACGUUAAUAGCCGAUCGAUCUUCUUGGUUUCGCGAACGAAACCGAUCGUAGAUUAUUUCGUAAGCUGGUAGAUAACUAACUACUUUCGAUUUUCCAAUAACUGGCUACUCAGUGGACCUGUUGUUCGUCGCGUUACCAUGUUGCUCGAGGAAAUCAAAAUACUCGACCAGUUUAACCGUGACGAAUUAAAGAUCUAAUUUCUAAGAAGAACUUCCCUCCGAAUUGAUUUAAGUAAACGUUAUCGUCACUGUACGUUCGAUGAUCAUGCAUGUUAACGUAGAAUCAGCGGCUGCGAACGAUUGCGACUUAGAUCAUUUGGGACAAGUCAAAAAGUCUGAACAUCUUGUCCUCGAUGUGUAUUUGCUGUUUUCAGCUGGAUCGAUCCGAAUUGUCUCGUGGUUAGACGUCCGAAUAGAGCCUCGUGAAAUCUGUUCUGUUUCGUGGUAAGGAAAGAAGUCGUCCCAGUACUGUCUCCGUGGAGUGACAGGCGCAGAGCAAGAACUCGUGUUGCGGAACAGACGCUUCUUCGACUAGACUGAGAUCACGUGGAGAGUGAGAAAAAGAGAAGUUAGCGAAGAAAUUCUCUUAGGGUUUAAAUGUGAUUGAAGAAGCAAGAACGAAAUACUCAAAAGCUUGGAUGGUUAGAUCGAGUCGAUAUUAAGUACAUUUGUUUGUUGUGAUGUCCAUGAUAUACGAACGAAAGAAAUUCAUGUUCCAUGGGAAAUCAUGGUCUCUAACAUUGUACAGAGGAAACUAAACUCAUCUGUGUAGUGUCGCGAUGAUAAUUCUGAACGGUGUGUAAUUAGUAAAAGAAAAAAAAACAAGAUAUGUCUUGAAAAUAGGAACUUCCGAUUUAGGUGUACGAAAACGCGUCUGCCAGUGCAAUCGGUUUUUGAAAUUGUAGAUGGUUAGGACGAAGGCAAAAUGGCGUGCGUUUUAAGCGAUUCCGAUCUUUUUAAGGAUCAUAAAAUGAUUUAUUGGGGACACACGAAACUAAUGAAGUUUAAGAGUAAUUUAUGAAAGGGAAACUUUAUUGAAUUUAGUUCCCUAUAUUGUUUCAGUAGUAGAGUACUUAUUAAUUCUAACGAAUUAUAUUAUAUUUAAAAAUGUAAAUUUGAAAUAAAAAUGUUAUAAGGUUAAUACAUAUAUUCAGUGUGAAAGGGAUGUUAGCUUAAUACGACUUAUAAAUGAAAUCAGAGAAACAUAAAAGUUUGUUAUAAAGUUGACGAUGUUUCGCCAGUCUUUGAAAUUACAGUAUAGCAAUUUAACAAUUUAAUUUUCGAUAUGGACUUGUGUAUUCGUAGUCUAUACUUUAAAAUAUCCGGUAUAAAAGUUACUGAAUAAAUUGUACGUAACAAGAGAUAAAAGAUACGAAUGAUUUAAAAAGUGAUAAUUCAGAAUGCUGAAUUACUAGGUAAUAACUUUUUCAAUGCAAUUUCCUUAAGAACAGUGUUCCAACAAAAGGGAGUAUUUAAUAUAUAAAGAAAGAAAAUCGAACAAACAAUGGGUGCCGGUGGGAAAUGUCAAUUGGAAAAACAAAUCACCGGUUGGAAAAUUAACCGUGACACACGAGAGCAGUAAAACCAUCGAGAGCCAUGGUUUCUUGUAUCUCUGGAGUACGAUUACCGAGUAUGUGCUUCCCAUUUGAAUCGUUGAGUAUCCUUGGAAUUAUUGGGUCAAACAAAUCCUGAAACAUGGUAAGAUUGGUUCCAAACCAAUAAUCGUAUGAUAAAAUGGCAAAAGCUACGUCGAGUAAAAUAAAAAAUAGGAUCUUAAAGAAAUAUAAAGAUAUUAUUUUCGUGCAAAACGAAGAGUCAUAAUGAAAUUAUUAAGUGGUAAAGAAAUAAUGGAUAAACUUCUGGACAGAAUUGAAACAAACGUGAAAAUAUUUAGGAGAGUAGAUGACGACGUGCGUUGAGGAAUUUCAAAUGUAACCUCCGGCCGGAGACCACGAUCGAUCGGAACUCGAUAGAAUUGAAUUUUCAGCGCUGCCAGCGGGAUAACACGGAUGCCUUCGAAUUUUCAUGACGUCGAAAAUGAAAAAUUUAUAUCGCACAUUCGUAGAUCCCAUCUGAACAGACAAACAGAAAUUAGGAUAAAAGAGUAAGGCGAACAUGGAAAAAAGUGAACAAUGAUUGAGAGAAACGAUCGACAAUGAUCGAUGAAAAGUUUAAGGAAUGCUUAGAAAAAGCAUUGUAUAGAGGAAUGCGAUUACUAUAAGUGAACAAAAUAUGGAAACAAUAAUAUAUCACUUUUUUUUGAGAUUAUUUUUGCUAUUAAAUGAAAGCAAAUAUAGAAAAAUAAUUAAUUUUAAUGUAAAAGUGAGAAAAUUAUUAAUUCCAAUAUGAAUAAUAAU